GUCCUCUCUAUUUUGUGCAUAGAAGUCUCUUUUACACAGGAUUGCUUCUGCUCAGUACUUACAAACUCAGUUUCGGAGUUAUAUUCAUUAUUACAUCUCUAAUUAUUUAACUGUUUUUGGAUUUUUAAUAAUUUGUUUUAAAAAAUGUAUAUGGUGUAUUGUAAAGAUCCGAAUUGCGUUAAAUGUAAAGAAGCUUUAGAAGGACAAAUUUCUGAAGAGACUCAAACUAAAUAUCUGAAGACUGUUGAAGAAUUGUUAUCAUUGGAGCUGCUUUUAGCUGCUAAAGAAAAAGCAACCUGUCUAGAAACUUGUAGAAAGCUGAAAGAUGAAGUCCAUUGCAAGGUUAAUGGAUUGAUUGAUAUCUUGAAAGAAAGAGAGCAUGACUUGUGUAAUCAGAUCGACCUUGAGUAUGCUACUCAAGUGGCAAAAAUUGACUAUGAUGUAACUGUUACAUGUACUGACAAACUAUUGAAGAAAAAUAGUGAACCUGAAAAACUUCCUAUGAAAUUCCAGCCAAUCUUUCUUUCUGAUUUUGAUGAUCUGAAAAGGAAACUUCAAAAUUUUGGAUUUUUGGGUUGUGAAGCUGAAGAGCUUUUACCUACAAGUUUUGCUUCUCCAUUAGCAGUGGAUUCCACAGCUACACCUGUAUCUCGGAAAGAUAAAAAUUGUGAACUUCCUACACUAAAUGAAAAUUAUUUGAAAGAAUUGGAAAAGUUAGAUGGUAAAGUUGGAGAAUAUACUCAAAUGAAAAAUCCUGAACUUCUAAAAAUAAAUGAAGAGUAUGAAGAUUACUUGAAAGAAUUCCAAAAGUUUGAUGCUAAAGCUGCAGAAUAUACUCAAACAAAAAAAACUUCAACGAAAUUGGAUAAAAAAGAUAUAAAAGCAAUGAGCACUGAAGAGAAACUUUCAGAAGUCCUCAAUCUUGGAAAAGAGAUGAGUUCUAUGCAAUAUUUUCUACAAACAGCCAUGCUGGAUCAAAGGUUGAUGCAGCUUGGAGCAAACAAGAUUAAUAGAGAAUCUCCCAAACCUGCUGAACCGAAAUCUAAAGAUUCCUUUCAAAGCGAAGAAAGAGAAUCUCCAAAACUAACUGAACCGAAAUCUAAAGAUACAUUUGAAGGCUCAUUGGAUGAAGAUGGCAUAGAGUUUAUUAAUAGAAAUGAAGUUACUAAUAUUCCUUCUGGGUUCCCUCUCUAUCCCCCUUUGCCACCUCAACAAUCUUGGUUUGGUAUGAAGCGUCCGUCUUUUGUUUCUUUUUUGCCAAAAAAAGGUUCAAAAUGUGCAUGCUCUGGUAUUUUUAAAAAGAAAUCCCAUGGAUGUUCAACUACAUUGAAAAAUAGUUCUACAUCCUCUGGCUUUAAUACUGAAAAUGCAUCCAUCAAUGAUCAACAGCGAGAAUCUUCUAGCAUUGGAUCCAUUGGUGAAGACCCAUCUGCAGCUCUUCUUGCUUCUUUUGCAAAUUAUCUUGAGAAGAAUGAUGCAAGCGAUUGGCUUGCUCCUAAGAAAAGCUCUGAGCACUUGCUGUCUUCUGGAAAUAAUUGCAUUUCUUAUGAGUCAUUUGUUGAUAAAAAAGAUGCUGAUUUAUAUGAAUGGCUUCCUAAAGAAAAUAUGAUAAUGAAUUCCAAUUAGUUGUCACAAUAGCACAAUUGUAUAAUGUGCAAGAAAUAUUCUGCUGAAUGUUAGAGUGCAGAUUAAUUUAAGCCUUUCAGGGACUUAUUGUUUUUUUUUUUUUUUUUUUUUUUUUUUGUCUUUUGUUUCUAUGAAACCAAAGUUUGAUUGUAUAUAAAUUGAUAAAAGAUAUUUUUCCUUAUUGCCUUCAUUAGGCCAUCUUAAGAUCACCACCAAUCUAAACUUAUGGGAAAAGUGAUUUUAAAAUGAGAUGACCAUCCCUGAAAGGUUUUAUAUGUUAUUGUCAGAUGAUUACUGAUGGAUUCCAUACAAAUAUAAAACAUAUUUUGUUAAUAAUGAUUCAAAUAUUUCCGUACAGUUAACUUUUAUUGCUUUUUAUUUAUAUGUAGAAGCUUUUUAAUAAUCAAAACGACUUUCGUUGAAAAUAUUCUAUCACACGAGCAAGGCAUUUAUUUUUAAAGUUAAAUAUUUCAGUCUGGUGUUAUUUUAAUUUCUUAAGAUUUGUUUUGAAAUAUUGUGAUGCAAUUUCCAUUUUUUCAUAAAAUUCUAGUUUUAUUUUUAAAAAUUUAUAUUCAUUAACUUAACCAUGCAUCAUAUUUGCAUUACUGACAUAGACAUCAGUAGUUGUCGUAGUAUUGGUAGUAGCCAUUAAAUGUAAUUGCAUUAUUUUAUUCACAUUUUUUUACAAAUUGCAAAUCAUUUUAUAAAUUUCACUGCACUUUAUAAUUAAAAAAUAAUUUUGGCAUCAUUGGUUAAUUUUGUUUUAAGUAGUUGGUGUUAAGUAGUAAGGUGUGCUAACGUUGUUCAUACAAUAAUGUUUCCUGUCUUUUUGAUAAAUUAAUAGGGAAUUUCAAAUAGACAAAGAACACUAUCAGUAAACAGAAAAAAUGGGUCAAAAUCUAAUGCUAUCAUCCCUUUAGUUAAAAAAAAAUGUAUUCUGUAAGCUUUUAUUUAAAUCAUAUUUGUACACAAUGGAAACAUGAAUCUUUUUUGCAUGCAAGAUAAAUUGUUUCUUUAUUCCUAGAAUAAGGGUAAUUUGAUUGCCUGUUGAAAGGAAUAAUAUGUAAAAAUGUUAAUUAAUAUUUUUCUUAUUGAGGUUAUUAAAUUUAAAUUCUGGUUGCUUAGGCAGGGUGGAGUUUAUUUUUGUGAAUAUUAAGGUUAUUUAUUUAUUUUGAAUGUUAAUCUGUUGUCUGCCUACAGUAUCUAUCUGCUUAUUUAUUAUUAAAAAUUGCCUUACAAUUUAGGAUUUGGCUUAAGGUCACUAACUUUAUUCUUCCUCCUAAAGAAGUGUUGUGAAUAAUAAGGAUGAAAUUAAUUUGAAGCAAAAUAUUAGAAUCCUGAAGUUAAGUUUUAUUUCUAGUACAAACUGUAAUAGCUGCCAAUUAAAUGUUAUACAUUGUGAUAAUUUGAUUCAUGUAGAGUUUAGUUUCAUUGAAAAUUGAUAAAUUUUAUGUCAUUUGUAUUUUAAAUAAUUCAAAGAAUGGCUGUAAAAGUGUUCUUUUAUUAUAACUACAAAUGCAUAUAUAAAAAAACAAUAUCAUAUAUAAAGUUAAUGCUACAAUGCUCCAUUUUAUUGUAUUUACAGUUCAUUCAUAGAAUGUUGGGAUAAACAGUUUUAUUGGAAAUGUAAUGUUACAAUUUGUAAUAAAAUAAAAUAAUUUUCUUUUACUUAAUAUUGUUACCUUCAAAGAUUCCAUGGUUUUUCUUUGUGCAUUAAUUCUGUCAAUUUUACAGCAUUUUCACCAUUUAAUUAGUUUUGUUGCAUUUACUAAUAUGAAUAACUUCAUAAUAUAAUAUUGUAAUCAUUUGUCUUUGCAAGCAAAAUAUACAUUUUCCUUGUGUUCAAACCAAUUUGUAAUAUAUUACAAAUUGAGAUUUCAUUUAUAUUUUGCCUUUCAAUAGUAUAUAUACUUUUCUUUUCGGGGAAAUUAAUCUGAAUAAAAGAUUAGAAUUUGAACUACCAUCUGUUGUCUUUAUUAUACAUUGGAAAAUAUAUUUUUAUUAAUAGACAAUCAGAAGUUGUCACUUUCCACAGGGGGGGAGGGGGAAACCCCUAAAAAUGUAUCUUCUUAAGAAAUCACCAAUCUUGUAAGAGCCUAUUUCUGAUGGUCAUUCUUGUACCCAGUAAUUUUCUUGAUUCUGUUUUAAUGCCUGCACUUUUCGAAGUCUGUAAGUUAAAUUAUAUUUAAUCUGCCUGCUAUUAUACUUUUAAUUAAAUGUUUACUUUAGCAAAUUAAA